AUGUCGCAGAAAGCAAUGGAAGUGGUGAAGAACUUGGACAUCAAAAGGGUUUCAAAUCGCGGUCGCGGUCGCGUUUUCAGUUAUUUCGGAUUUAUCGUGAUUGCGGCCGUUGAGGGCGUUACGCGGACGCUAUUACGGCCGUCGCAGACCCUGCAGAACGAAGAUGGAACAGUGCAUGUGCUUAACGAGACUUGGAGUGACGGCAAAAGAGGGUACAUAGAAGGCACCGCCUACAAGGCUGAUCCCAGGAGUGAGGAGGCAAAGCUGAAGGUGAAACUCUAUGUUCCUCCUUUCUUGGCCAUCAUCCCUGUUGUGGGGGAUUACUGGGUUUUGUGCAUUGAUGAUGAUUACCAGUAUGCUCUCAUUGGUCAACCGAGCUGGAAUUAUCUUUGGAUAUUAUGCAGGCAGACACAUAUGGAUGGUGAAAUCUACAAUCAGCUGGUGCAGAAAGCUGAAGCUGUGGGCUAUGCUCUGAGUAAACUGCACAGGACCCCACAAAGUGAUUCUCCACCACAAGUAGAUGACACUACCAAAGGCGUUUGCCCAUCGGUUUUAGGGUGGUAG